AUGGGCUUCUUCAAGUGCAAGAAAUCGCCCCGUCGCAGCGGCAGCAAGAUCAAAAGAGCAGGAGGCCCGAGGGAGAUCAGCUGGCCGCGGGAUUUGCGGGUGAAUCCACAGCCGAACCCCACGCUCGAAGAUAUUCAGGGCCUCACGUUCAAUCAAGUCGUGCAGCCGCGGCCGGACGUCCAUGUGCCAAGUGGCGCAAUGACCGCUCUUGUCGAUAUCCCCGUUCGGGGCAGCUCGAAACCGGUUACUGUGGACGGCAAUGCGGGCAGACGAGCUGGACUCUCGUCGCACCCGCCUGCACCGAGCCGUGAGGCGCCGCGACGUCCAGGUGCCGGAGUCGAGGGUCGAGCGCUGUCGACGCCGCUAGCAUGGCCGCUCGUGGCUCCAGUCACAAAGCCAAAGCGGGUCGAGGAAAAGCAGCCGCCGAUGCUGAACCUCCUCGUCGGGAAGCAAGAUCCAGACUCGCGCUAUCUGACUCCGCGCUUCUUCCGCAUCCCGGAGACCGAUGGGUCUGACUCCGAACCUUCGUCCUCUGACCAGGGCAGCAGCCAGUCUAGCCAGCACGAACUAGCCGCUUCCGAAGCUGUCACGGCAGAUGACAGCAACGACUCCUCUCUAACCCGCAUCUCCGUCCUCGACCCGCACGCCUUCGACCUCUACAGGAUCUACCUCCGCACCGGCCGCAUCCACUACUGCAUCAGCGAGACAUCGCUCGAUGGCGACAACAAAUACACAUGGCAGCACUGCUGGUCGCUGAUCAACGCGUACAUCCUGGGCACCACGAUGGAAGACAUCGAGUUCGCGGACCGCGUUAUGGAUAUCCUGGGGGACAAGAUCGCUCCGGGGGUCUGUGCGGAUCAUGAUACGAUCCAUCAUAUUUUUACGUCGGAGGGAAUGUCCAAUCAACUGAGGCAGUUCGUUGUAGAUCGUUGUAUCGAUGCGGGAGCGAAGAACUUCAGGAAGGAGGAUACGGGGAGGUUGCCGGAGGCGUACGUGCAUCUCGCGCUUGAGACUGCUUUGGAGCGGAUAUCGGAUGGUGGGCAGCGCCAGUCUUCGGCCUCCGCAGGCUGUGAGUACCAUAUGCAUCGUCGGCCUUCUAGGUGCUACAAGCAGCGGGAAUUGAGGCGAAUUGAAGAGAAGAAGCGGGCGCGAAGGGAGAGAGAGAAAAGGGAGAAGAGCGAUAGGGGAUCCGAAGCGCUGAGGAGCCUUGCGCAAGCAACUAUCGAGGCGGCGCAGCAAAGUGGUGUGAAGAGCAUAGACUGGGCUGAUCGACGGAAUGAGGCUGGCAAGUCCGUAAGAGAACGGCAUGGCAAGACCUGGGUGGGCUUUCAAAGACCGGCGAACGGCGAGCUCGUAGAAGGAGUAACGAGUCGAGUUAACGGCGUGCUAGACAACAAUUCUGAACGAAGGACAGAUCGGCAGACGGUGCAUGAACUGAGCGCAGACCCAUCGACGGUGGCCACCAACGGGAUAGCGAGAAGCCGCAUCAAUCAUUGGGAGGAGCGGCUCCGGACAAACGGGGACACGAACCCAAAGGCACCGGAAGGUAGCGAACAGGUAGUUGUGAACGGCGCCACGAGCCACGAGAAGCCGCAUAGCAAAGAGCGGAUCGUGACGAACGGGAUUCAGCGCAAUGCUGUAGAACAGCGUAACACUGAGUCGAUGCCCACCCGGGCAAAAAGCAGUCCGCCCGCAUGCCAAACAGCAAUUGCCGCAAAAGACAGCAGGAGCAUCUCCUCGAGGCCGGCACAUCCCCGCCGUCCAGAAUUUAACCAGCAAGGCUUGACGAAUGGUAUUCUUCCGAAUGGUUUCGCGAAUGGAAAUGGGACCAAGUCACCCAACCCGCAACCACACAACAACAUCGUCCAUCCCGCUGCGCCUACUCAAGAUCUGCCAUCAAACCCAAGCGCCAUUCAAAGAGAGGAUAGCGGCAAGCCAUCCCGCCCCGCGCACAGUCGCCGUCAAAGCCAGCAGAGCAUGUGGGAGGUAUACACGCUUCCCGGUGCAUAUCCAGCCUCCAGCGUUGGAGCAUAA